CAGCUGGUUCCUCGUAUCCAAAUCCAAUUGCCGGUCCUCGGUGGUUACAGCGGCAAUGGUGGCACCGGCUACAAAGACCGUGACGACGGAGGCGGCGGCUAUGUCGGCAAUGGCGGCGGUGGGUGCCAGGACCGCGGCAUUGGCUUCAAAGGUUUCGGCGGACAUGAAAAUGAAACGAAAACUGACAUGGCAGUCCGUCAGGUAAUCAGGUCCCGCGCUUGACUGAAGCUUCUGAAGUGACUUGCUUCUGGGCUGAGACCACGCGCGGCGCCGCCGUGCCGGAGGCUCCCCUCGAUGCUCUUCUCCGCCGUCAGGCACGGGCUCAGACGGCGGUUCCGUUCUCCUGCCUCGCCGGCGAAGGCUCCCGCUUCCCCUUCCGCCGCGCAUCGCCGCGGCUCUCACGCGGACGCCUCGCCCGUCUCGCACUCGUCGCUGCUCCUCCGGCUGCGGUCAGGCCCCGCCCUCGCCGAGGCCCGGCGGCUGCACGCCGCUGUGCUCGUCGGCGGCCACCGCCACGGCGCGGUACUCGCCGCUCAGCUGGUGCAAGUGUAUGCUAGGCUCGGGCAGAUCGAGCACGCGCUUUGUCUGCUCGACGGAAUGCCCAGGAGGAACUCCUUCGCGUGGAACGCCGCGAUCAAGGGCCUCGUCGACGCCGGACGGUUCUCCGAGGCGCUGGAGACGUACCGGGCAAUGGUCGACGAUGGCUUGGCUGCGCCAGAUGGUUUCACGUACCCGCCCGUCAUCAAGGCGUGUGGCGCGCUUGGAGCGGUUGAGCAGGGCCGAAUGAUAAGAGAGCAUGUGGAGGCAGGAGUUGCCUGUGGUGACGCGAAGCCCAAUGUGUUUGUGCAGUGCGCGCUCGUGGACAUGUUUGCCAAGUGUGGGUGUUUGGGCGAGGCGAGGAGUGUGUUCGAGAGCAUGGAGCAAAGGGAUGUGGCCGCGUGGACUGCGAUGAUCGGAGGAGCUGUGCAUGCAGGAGAUUGGCUCGAUGCGAUGUGUUUGUUCAGUAGGAUGAGAUCCGAAGGGUUCUGGGCUGAUUCCGUGAUCAUUGCCACUGUCAUCCCAGCGUGUGGCAGGGUGAAAGAGUUGCGAGCUGGAACAGCGUUGCAUGGAUGCGCGGUAAGAUGUGGAGUUGCUGAUGAUAACUGUGUUUCAAAUGCUCUGGUUGAUAUGUACUGCAAGUGUGGCUGUCUGGAGAUGGCUGAUUAUUUGUUCCGUUCUAUCGAUUUCAAGGAUGUCGUCUCUUGGAGUACAUUGAUUGCGGGGUAUUCGCAGAACGGGAUGUAUCAUGCGAGUGUCAGUUUGUUUACUGAAAUGGUUGCUUCAGGGUUAAAACCAAAUUCCAAUACCAUGGCAAGUAUACUUCCGAGUCUUUCUGGCCUGAAGUUAGUCAGGCAUGGAAAAGAGGUUCAUGGCUUCUCGUUAAGACAUGGACUUGACCAGAGCAAGUUUCUGGGGAGCGCAUUUAUUGACUUCUACAGUAGACAAGGAUUCAUUGGGGAGGCAGGAACCGUAUUUGAGCUCAUUCCAAAGAAAGAUUUGGUCAUAUGGAAUUCAGUGGUUGCAGCGUACGGUGUGAAUGGGGAGACAGAUUCUGCACUGUGUGCAUUCAGGGCGAUGCAGAAAGUAGGAUUUAAACCUGAUCAUGUGACUGUUAUUUCAGUUCUUCCAGUAUGCAAUCACCAUUCCAGGCUCAUACAGGGUAAGGAACUACAUGCUUAUGUCGUUAGGCAUGAUAUGAGUUCUAUCUGCUCAGUUAGUAACGCGCUUAUAGAUAUGUAUUGCAAAUGCUGUUGCCUAGAAAUGGGCAAAGAUAUUUUUCAGCUGAUGACCGAGCGAGAUACUGCCACAUAUAACACAUUGAUUUCUUCUUUGGGAAAGCAUGGCCAUGAAGAUCAAGCCAUAAUGUUAUUUGAUCAAUUGAAGAGAGAUGGAAUUGCUCCUGACAAAGUCACUUUUGUGGCUCUACUAUCUUGUUGCAGUCAUGCAGGCCUUACUGAGCAGGGCUUGCACUUUUACGAUUCCAUGUUACAAGACUACAACAUUUCCCCAGAUAAGGAGCAUUACUCAUGUGUUGUUGAUCUUUACAGCAGAUCUGGGAAACUUGACGAUGCUUGGAAGUUCAUUUCAAGUUUGAGGGAAGGGACAGAAAUAGAUGUUCUUGGAUGCCUCUUGGCGGCUUGCAGAGUGCAUAACAGAAUGGAUAUUGCUGAGCUAGUUGCAAAAAGAAUAUUUGAAAAGAACCCCAGUGAUCCUGGCUAUCAUAUUUUGCUGUCCAAUAUAUAUGCUGAUGCUGGAAUGUGGUCUGAUGUGACGAAGAUCAGAACCAUAAUAGAAGAGAGGAGUUUGAAGAAUAAAACAGGAAACAGUUUGAUUUAAGUUGAUAAGACCAUAAGUCAUGGAUUGCAUAUAUUAAUCGUGUUUUGCUAAACCAAGAGAACCAUUUAUGGUUUGAUGAGGAAAAUACACCUGAAAAGGCACUCCAAAUAUGUCAGGCUGUCAUCUAUACUGCCAAUAUUCAGAACUUGAGGAAACACCUUAUGGUUACUUUGUUCUGUAUGAUGGAUAUAGAAGGCAAGUUUAUAACUGCUGAUAUGCACAGAUAAUGUCGAGCUUGGGGGAGAGUAUGUCAGAGAAAUAUCUACUGUCUUCAGCAAGCUCUUAGAAGAUUUUCUUCAUAGGAAACAAUUCCAUGUGUGUGGAUCCAGGCGAGUAAAAGGAUUGUUUUCAUGACUUCACCAAGUACUCUAUUACUGUAAUGUACAGCUGUUGGCAUGAUAAAUCAUUUAUCAAGAAACAAAAUGAUACUUUUGAGCUCAGGUGAUUUCCAGAAUUCCAGCGCAGUCAGACUUCUUCUGUACUUGUGUCACAGGCAAUCGCAAUUCCCAAUCUACUAGUCUGAAGUUCUUUUAUGUGACACCCAAAGUGUUUUUUUUUCUUAUGGUAUUCGGAAGAAACAGCAACAAUCCAAUCCAAGUUUGACGUCCAGAACUUCAGAUGUUGAUGUUUGCGAAGAAAAUAUGGAGCUAUGCAUAUUGGAUUUUGAGGGAAAAAUCAGAAGUCCUUCCGGCGCGGCAACUAGAUCAGGCGACAGAUAGGCCAGGCAUCUAAAUGUAGUCUCUCUCGUCGCAGGGUUCAGCAUACUACAAAGCAUGCUCGUGUUUAAAUCUCUUCACCUGUUGCUAUCAUACAGCAGUGACAAUGUUUCCAUCAAAUAGCGCCAAAAGCAGAAA